GUCUUCAUCUCCACCGUGCCGUGCCGGUACGUGCCUUCUCCUCCACCUCCCACAAUCAUACAAGCUCACGGGUUGUCCCACCUUCCCGGUACGCCCUGGCGUCCACCUUAGAAACAAGAUUCGCCGUGCUUGCUCGGCACUCUACUGGCUUUUCUAACCUCGUACGCCUUCCGCUGCUCGUUCGAUGGGGCUCCCAAUGCAGCAUCAUGCACGUCUUACCCCCGGCACACGAGAACUUGGGAUCCUGAUAGUGGCCAACCGAGCUCCAUCGACAUGCAACCUUCUCUGUUGUGUCUCGGAACCGUGAGGUAUAUUAGGAGCUCCUAACCUCUUGCCCUCGGAGCUCUCGUGCUACCUCCACCGCCUUUCACCUCUCACUUUCACUCACCGUCGUUCGCGUGAGGUGGCUCUGGGUCCGCUGCGGCACUGUAGAAGCCAAUUGCUCUCCUGCUUCGAGUCUACUGCCCCUGUCGUCAAUUGCUUCUGCUGCUCUAGCCAUGCGUGCUUCCACAACAGCAUGGGCGCUCGCUCUUGCGGGCAUCCAGGUCUCCUCGGCCAUCAAUGCCGCCACCGUCCACAAGCUGAACGACUUGGCUGAGAUGGGUCUUUUGCCUGACGGAACGUCCAUGGGUCAUGCCGUCUUUGUGCCUGAGCUUGCCAACCUCAAGGUUGCAGCGCCCGCGUAUCCUCCACCCAGCAAGCCGGAGGUAAUCACGCCUGAAUAUGUGGAGCUACCGCUAGACCAUUUCGCAAAGAACCAGGACUACAGCUACCACGGUACCUUCAACAACCGCUUCUGGGUUGCGGAGGCUGCCUAUAAGCCCGGCGGCCCCGUCUUCAUCUACGACGCAGGCGAGGCGAACGCCGCGAACAAUGCCUUGUUCAGACUGCAGAACGAGACGAGCUUCUUCAAGCAGCUCGUGGACAAGUACAAUGGCGUUGGUAUUGUGUGGGAGCACCGAUACUACGGCAACUCCACCCCAGAGCCCAUUGACCUGAACACCCCACCUGAGGUGUUCAAAUGGCUCACCACCGAGCAAUCCCUCGCGGAUGUGGACAAGUUUGCCAAGCAGUUCAAGAGGCAGAACAUCAAGCAAGACCUCACUCCCAAGAAGACUCCAUGGAUCUUCGUCGGUGGCUCCUACCCGGCCAUGCGCGCCGCUUUCAUGCGUGAGAAGUACCCUGAUACUAUCUACGCCUCAUUCGCCUCCUCCGCACCCGUCGAGGCCCGCACCGAUAUGUCUGUCUACUUCGAGCCCGUCUGGCGUGGCUUGAACAGGUACGGCUUCGGCAACUGCUCCCAGGACAUCCACGCCGCCAUCAACUACAUCGACAACCUCCUCGAGAAGAGCCCGGCCAAGGGUGCCGAGCUCAAGAAGCAGUUCUUGGGUCUUGGAGCUGAGAAGAACUCGCACGCCACUUUCGCUGAUGCUCUCACCACCCAUUUCUCCUACUGGCAGUCAUACGGCGUCGACGGAGCUCCAUUCGGUCUCCGCGGCUUCUGCGACUGGCUCGAAACUGACCCCUCUGCUGGAAACAAGACCGCCCCUGCUGAGGGUUGGGCAAAGACCAAGGGUGCCAACUACACUGUCGCCAGAUGGUCGCAGUUCCCAUACCUUGCGGACAUGGUGAACGGCUUCUUGGAGACCAACUGCUCUGGCGAUGCGACCGUCCAGGGAGACUGCGACUUGGACAGGCAAUUCACCGACCCAUCCAUGAUCUCCUGGACAUGGCAAUACUGCACACAGUGGGGAUACUUCCAGUCCGCCAACCUCGGCCCUCAACAGCUCGUGAGCAAGUUCAACAGCCUCCGUCACCAGCGCGACAUCUGCCACCGCCAGUUCCCGACCGCAAAGGCGCCUCUCUUCCCCGACUGGCCACGCACCGACCGCACCAACGACGUCUUCGGCGGCUGGGACAUCCGCCCCUCCAACACCUACUGGUCCGGCGGCGAGUUCGACCCCUGGCGCACGCUGUCCCCGCUCACCGGUGAGCCCGGCUACCCCAAGCCGCGCGCCUUCACCAACCCGCCCAAGUGCGGAGAGGAGCAGGACGAGGACGACAUCUUCGGAUACACCCUUCCCAAUGCCCAGCACUGCUACGACUUCAGGACCUACUUCGCCGGCGGCGAGAUCUCGAGGACAUACUUCACCAACGCGCUUGACAAGUGGUUGAAGUGCUUCAAGCCCCGGGGCGGUCACUAAGUAAACAAGCGAUGAAUCUAUAUAUCCCGGGUACCCAAAGUGCCACCGUUGAUAGUCGUCGAUAUAAUAGUGAAAUGACGUACGUGAAAGCAAAUAACG